AUGCGCUUCAGCUUGUUUCUCCUGCUCGUGACUUUCACCUGCAUCGCUUGCGACAGUAUCGUCGCGAGCUCGAAAGACUUGAUACAAGUCAAGACCGUGGAUACGAAUUUUCAACACGAGCGGACGGAUGGAAUUCGUCGCAAGCUAAGAGAAGGGGCGGCGGGCGAAGUCGUGGGGGCACAGGAGGCCGAAAAGCUCACAGAGACGUUAGGAAACAUCAAAGGCGGGGCCGAAACUCUCGUGCCCAAUGCUGAUGUUAUGGCCAAGAAAAUAGGCGUUUUGGAGAAGAUGAAAGGCUACUCUUCGUCUACUUUGAAGCAGUUUAUAGCUUUCCUAAAGAGGAUCUUUGGUAAAUCUCAUAAGCAACUCGAGAAACCACUUCAAGACCCGACACUUGCACCACCAAUUGAAGAGUCAAAAUCUUUGGCCACAAACAAAGAGAUAGAGUUAGAAAAAUCGACUGAACCCGUGGAGGAAGGAAAAGUGUCACCUCAAAAAGUGACAGCAGAACCACCUCCUGAAGAUAUUGCCGAGCUGGAAACAGCACAUCCCGUCGCAGAAGAAGAUAAUGUUGCUAAAGUAACUGAACCGACGAAAGAAGUGGCAGAGGAGCACGAACCAGUACAACCCGUCGCAGAAGAAGAUAAUGUUGCUAAAGUAACUGAACCGACGAAAGAAGUGGCAGAGGAACACGAACCAGUACAACCCGUCGCAGAAGAAGCUGACAUUUUCUUCGAUGCGGAGGAUGCUGAUAUUAAAACUCAUAGCACAAGUGAGAAUCAUCGUUCUUCGACUUCACCAACCGUCAUAGAAAAAAACGUUGUGCAACCAAAAAGUGGUAAAAAUGCUGAAAUACAUGCUGGUGAAGGAGAAAGUGAUACCACUAACUUGGCCAAAGGUGAAGCAACUGGUACAACUCAUUUGAAAAAUGGGGAUAACGCUGCCGGUGCAGGUCAGCGGAUUCCCGUCUCUUUUGAGAAUUCAGAUACUUCUUCCUUGAAUGUCGAAUUAAAAUUCGAACUGUUUCAGAUACUUGCAAACAUAAAGUACUCCCUGACGAAAAGUCGCUGGAUGCGCUCGAAAUCAUUAACAAAGGAUGCUGCAAAGGAAGAAAAAGUUAUACCUGAUGCCGUUGAAGUAUAA